UUGGUGCACUCACUAUGAGUAUGCAGCAAUUUUGUCUAAGAUGGAAUAAUCAUCAACCAAACUUCAUAUCAGUGUUCUCAACUUUGUUAACAAAUGAAACUUUGGUUGAUGUGACAUUAGCUGCCGAAGGCCGGCAUUUACAAGCACAUAAAGUGGUAUUGUCAGCCUGCAGUACAUAUUUUCAAUCAUUGUUCACUGUUAAUCCAUGCCAGCACCCUAUUGUUAUAUUAAAAGAUGUUAAAUUUUCUGAUUUAAAAAUAAUGGUUGAUUUUAUGUACUACGGUGAAGUUAAUGUUUCUCAAGAGCAAUUACCUUCAAUUAUUAAGACUGCUGAGAGUCUGAAAAUAAAGGGACUCGCUGAAAUGCAUCCAGCAACAUUAACCAAAUGGCCAAGUGGAAGCAGUGACCCUAGCGGUGGAGACCGUGGUGAAUCAUGUUCACCAACUCCAUCGCCAAUGUCGCCGUCAUUUCGACGCAAGAGACUGAGAAAAUCGUCAACUGGUUCGGCAUCUGGUUCCGGCGAUAAACAAAACGAAGAAAUUAGCGAAAUAACACUUGUUGCCACAAAUGUUGUUAAACCCGAGCCACUGAUAGUGUCACAGGAGAACCGGGAUAAUAUAAGACGUCCAGUUAAUACCAGUACUGAGUCACAAGGAAGCAUUGAUGAAGAUCAAAUAUCUAUUAUGAGUAACAUGGAAAGUAGUACAGCGACAACACUCGCUCAAAGUGAAGGCUCUGUGCACGAUGUAAGUCAACAAUCUGGGGCAAAUGCAGGCCAAAGUUCAUCACUCUCGUCUCAAGCACCAGCACAUCAAGGUGGUAUACAUUUACCGUGCUAUUUUUGCAUGAUUAUAAGCCCAUACUCAAUUCAUACGUAUCCACGUUUCGCUCUAUCCUCGUGUCAAACGAAUCUGUCGAUUCAAGCAUCAUCGGCAUUCACGACGCCAGAAAUAACCGCGUCAUCAAGCACCAGCGAUCAGUACCCGGGUACCAACACCACUGGUUCUAGUUGUGCUAUGAACAGCUACCCAGGAUCACCACACGGAUUGCAGCAUACUUCAUCUUCAGGCGGUUUAUCACCCUCCGGUCAGUGUUCAAAUAGCUGUCAGAGCCCCUGUGCCAGUCCUCAAGCGACAGUUAAACGAAAAAGGUCCACCAAUCCGCAGGCUGAUGAGAAUUUUAUUCGAGCGCUGGACGCUGUUCGCUACGGCGGGAUCGGAUUCUGCAAAGCCGCCAGGAUGUUUGGCGUGAACAAUCGAACCCUGUGGCUGGAGUACAAAAAACGUGGCUAUCCAAAUAAUCGACCGAGUGUUAAAUCAAAAGUCAAAAACGAGUCGAAUUCAUCGCCGCCUUCUCCUCCAGUUCCACCACCUGUUGAACCACCAAGUCCAUCUUCCAUGGGUCCACCGACUACUCCUCUGAGUACUCACAGCGGGCACAGCUCUCACAGUGUCCACAGUGCUCACAGUACUCACAGUCCUCACAGCGCUCACAAUAUUCACAAUACUCAUACCAUGAUACCCACCCACACGCCUCACGCGAUGCUCGGCGGUUACGUUGACACUAGACAUAUUGAUUACUCACUACCCAAUCCAUCUAUGCCUAUCAAUUUACACGCGCAUCACAACAGGCAGGUUGAAGGAAAACGGGGUCGAUUACUGUUAAUGCGACAAACGAGAGUAAAAAAAGAAUCUGAGCCAGGACAUCCAUCGCCUGACAGUGAACCCGGAUCACCAAGAAUAAUAUCGUCGCCAGCAGCUCAUUCAGUUACUCCGAUAUUGAAUCUUCCAUCUUCGUCGCAUCAGUGGCAAGACAAUGAACCUCAAUCGCCAGCGACGUCGAAACAAACUCUUCUAACAGUAACGACUUGCACGAAUUUGCUAACUGUACCGCAACCAUCCUACUUAGUGAAACAGCACUCUCAUCCUCUUUUGCCAAGUCAGCAACAAAGUUCCUCUAGUAAUUACUGGAUUCAACGACAGCACUCCAAUCCCGAGUAUCCUGGUCGUUCUACGAGUCCUUCCGGAACUGCUGAUCCGAUUCCUCUUAUUAAAAUUGAAGAGGGACAGACUGAGUCCAGGAUAACCAAAGACACUGGAAAUAAUUCUAGUUGUAUAAGAAUUAUUCCUGCUGAAUUACUCAGAAGUUCAUCAACACCACAGCUCGGCAGUGGAAGAGAAACAAGAAUAAUAAGAGAAGGCGGGUCAAGCGAUCAACGGUCGGGUCAUUGCCCGGUUCAACGAGAAGGACCAGCAUUAGGAUGCAAUCAUUGUUGGAAUACUGUUGAUACUCAUGGUCGUACAUUAAGGCGAAAAACAAAAUAUCAUUGUCCAGAGUGUCAAAUAAAUUUAUGCAUUGUACCGUGUUUUCAAGAAUUUCAUGAACGUCAGCGUGAAAAUUCUAAUAUAAAAACAUUACCAAAAACUAGCUCAAUC